AUGUCCUGGCAAACAUAUGUAGAUAUGUUAGAACAUGCCACGUAUGCCGCAGCUAUCUUUUCUAUUAAAGGAGCAUUGUGUGCAAAAUCAUCUAACUUUGCCGGUAAUUCCAAGAAUUUGGUUUAUUGGUCAAAAAUGUUCAGCGAUCCAUUACUUGCACGCCAACAUGGUAUUGAAUAUAAUGAUAUUAAGAUGUUUUCAUUAGAAUAUUCUAAUGAUUUUAUUCAUGCAAUGCAUGAUGAACUGAAUAUUUACAUGAAGAAAGCAAAUACAGUUAUUGUUGUUGGUCUUUGUGGAGGUGAUAAACCUCAAAAUGAUGCAAGGAAUCAAGUUAUUAAUAUUGCUAAAAUUCUUUCUGAUUCAGGAGCCUAA